AAAUAGCCGCCCCGCAGGCCGCGCGCUAACUCAGUGUUCCUCCGACCCGCAGGAAGGCUCCAGGGCUGCGUUCUCGUGUCUCGACAAGCCCAAAGUCUCGUUAGCCCUCCGAAAUGCCGAAGCCAGUAGCACAAGAGGGCGAGGACCCCGAUCCCACCCCGUACCUGUUCGUUUCUCUGGAACAGAAACGUAUCGACCAGAGCAAGCCCUACGAUGGCAAGAAGGCUUGCUGGGUACCCGACGAGAAGGAGGGCUUCUUGCAGGGCGAAAUUAAGGCCACCAAGGGCGACCUUGUGACCGUCAGCCUGCCCGGUGGCGAGACAAAAGACUUCAAAAAGGAUCUGGUAGCUCAAGUCAACCCGCCCAAAUACGAAAAAUGUGAGGACAUGUCCAAUUUGACAUACCUCAACGACGCUUCUGUAUUGUAUAACUUGAAGCAGAGAUAUUACCAUAAGCUCAUUUACACGUACUCGGGUCUCUUCUGUGUGGCUAUCAACCCUUACAAGAGAUUCCCCGUGUACACGUUCCGAUGCGCCAAGCUGUACCGAGGCAAGCGCCGUUCGGAGGUGCCACCCCACAUCUUCGCCAUUUCCGAUGGCGCUUACGUCAACAUGUUAACCAACCACGAGAAUCAAUCUAUGUUGAUUACCGGAGAGUCUGGUGCCGGAAAGACUGAGAACACGAAGAAGGUAAUUGCGUACUUUGCCACCGUCGGUGCCUCCCAGAAGAAGGACCCGUCUCAGGAGAAGAAGGGCUCCCUUGAGGACCAGGUCGUCCAAACUAACCCUGUGCUUGAAGCCUUCGGUAACGCCAAGACCGUCCGUAACGACAACUCUUCCCGUUUCGGUAAAUUCAUCCGUAUCCACUUUGGCCCAUCUGGAAAACUGGCUGGUGCUGAUAUCGAAACUUAUCUGCUGGAGAAGGCCCGUGUCAUCUCUCAACAGGCUCUUGAGCGUUCCUACCACAUCUUCUACCAGAUGAUGUCCGGCUCUGUACCCGGUCUUAAAGCCAAAUGUUUGUUGUCUAACGACAUCAAUGACUACAACAUCGUCGCCCAAGGCAAGACCGUGAUCCCCGGAGUUGACGACGGUGAAGAAAUGAAACUGACAGACCAAGCCUUCGACAUUCUGGGCUUCACCCAAGAGGAGAAGGACAACGUAUACAAGAUCACCGCCGCCGUCAUGCACAUGGGUUGCAUGAAGUUCAAGCAGAGGGGUCGCGAGGAACAGGCUGAGGCCGAUGGUACUGAGGAUGGUCAAAAAGUCGCCACUCUUCUCGGCGUCGACUGCGCUGACCUGUACAAGAACUUGCUCAAGCCGCGUAUCAAAGUCGGUAACGAGUUCGUCACCAAGGGUCAAGGCAAGGACCAGGUCACUAACUCCGUGGGUGCUCUUUGCAAGGGUAUCUUCGAUCGUCUGUUCAAGUGGCUGGUGAAGAAGUGUAACGAGACCCUAGACACCAAGCAGAAGAGGCAGCACUUCAUUGGUGUACUGGAUAUUGCUGGUUUCGAGAUCUUCGACUACAACGGUUUCGAGCAACUCUGCAUUAAUUUCACCAAUGAGAAGCUCCAGCAAUUCUUUAACCACCACAUGUUUGUCCUCGAACAAGAGGAAUAUAAGAAGGAGGGUAUCUCGUGGACCUUCAUCGAUUUUGGAAUGGACUUACUCGCUUGUAUUGACCUGAUCGAGAAGCCUAUGGGUAUCCUCUCCAUCCUUGAGGAAGAGUCUAUGUUCCCGAAAGCCACCGACCAGACAUUCGUUGAGAAGUUGAACAACAACCAUUUGGGCAAAUCCGCUCCUUACCUGAAGCCCAAACCACCCAAGCCUGGUUGCCAAGCCGCUCACUUCGCCAUUGGUCACUACGCCGGUAACGUCGGUUACAACAUCACCGGAUGGCUUGAGAAGAACAAGGACCCUCUUAACGACACCGUCGUAGACCAGUUCAAGAAGGGAUCCAACAAACUGCUGGUGGAGAUCUUCGCUGAUCACCCCGGACAGUCUGGUGAUGCCGCCGCUGCCGGUGGUGGUGGCAAGGGAGCUGGAGGCAAGCGUGCUAAGGGGUCUGCCUUCCAGACCGUGUCAUCACUCUACAGGGAACAACUUAACAACCUGAUGACCACCCUGAGAUCAACCCAGCCUCACUUCGUCCGUUGUAUCAUCCCCAACGAAUUGAAACAAGCCGGUCUCAUCGACUCCCACCUUGUGAUGCACCAGCUCACCUGUAACGGUGUGUUGGAAGGUAUCCGUAUUUGCCGUAAAGGUUUCCCCAACAGGAUGGUCUACCCCGACUUCAAGCUCCGCUACAAGAUCCUCAAUCCCGCCGCCGCCGCGAAAGAGACCGAUCCUAAGAAAAUCGCUCAAGUUAUCCUGGAAUCUACUGGCUUGGAUCCCGAGUCUUAUCGUCUCGGUCAUACCAAGGUAUUCUUCCGCGCUGGUGUCCUGGGUCAGAUGGAAGAGCUGCGUGAUGACAGGCUUUCCAAGAUCGUAUCUUGGCUCCAGGCCUACAUCCGUGGUUACCUCUCGCGUAAGGACUUCAAGAAGCUGCAAGAACAGAGAUUGUCUCUCCAAGUUGUCCAACGCAACUUGCGCAAAUACUUGCAACUCCGCACCUGGCCCUGGUGGAAGCUGUGGCAGAAGGUCAAGCCCCUCCUCAACGUCACCCGCGUCGAGGAUGAGAUCGCGAAACUCGAGGAGAAGGCGCAGAAGGCCCAGGAAGCCUUCGAGAAGGAGGAGAAACUCCGCAAGGAGGUGGAAGCCCUCAACGCCAAGCUGCUCGAGGAGAAGCAGGCUCUGCUCGCCAACCUCGAGGGUGAGAAGGGCUCCCUCUCUGAGACCCAGGAGCGCGCUGCCAAACUCCAGGCGCAGAAGGCCGAUCUUGAGAGCCAACUUAGGGACACCCAAGACCGCCUCACCCAGGAGGAGGAUGCCCGCAACCAGCUCUUCCAGGCUAAGAAGAAGCUGGAGCAGGAGGUCUCCGGACUGAAGAAGGAUGUCGAGGACCUCGAACUGUCCGUCCAGAAGGCCGAACAGGACAAGGCCACCAAGGACCACCAGAUCCGCAACUUGAACGACGAGAUCGCCCACCAGGACGAGCUCAUCAACAAGUUGAACAAGGAGAAGAAACUCCAGGGCGAAUCCAACCAGAAGACAUCCGAGGAACUGCAGGCGGCCGAGGACAAGGUCAACCACCUCAACAAGGUUAAGCAGAAGCUCGAGCAGACCCUCGACGAGCUUGAGGACUCCCUCGAGCGCGAGAAGAAGUUGCGCGCGGACGUCGAGAAGCAGAGGAGGAAGGUUGAGGGCGACCUCAAACUCACUCAGGAAGCCGUAUCCGACCUCGAACGCAACAAAAAGGAACUCGAACAGACAAUUCAACGCAAGGACAAGGAAAUCUCAUCUCUCACGGCUAAACUCGAGGACGAACAAUCUUUGGUCAGCAAGCACCAGAAACAGAUCAAGGAACUGCAGGCCCGCAUCGAGGAACUUGAGGAGGAAGUCGAAUCGGAACGUCAAGCCCGCGCCAAGGCCGAGAAACAACGUGCCGACCUCGCCCGCGAGCUCGAGGAGCUGGGUGAGCGUCUUGAGGAGGCCGGUGGCGCUACUUCAGCCCAGAUUGAGCUGAAUAAGAAGCGCGAGGCUGAGCUCAGCAAGCUCCGUCGUGACUUGGAGGAGGCCAACAUCCAGCACGAAUCCACCCUCGCCAACCUCCGCAAGAAGCACAACGAUGCUGUUGCUGAGAUGGGUGAGCAACUCGACCAACUCAACAAACUCAAGGCCAAGGCUGAGAAAGAGCGUUCUCAAUUCUUUAGCGAAGUUAAUGAUCUUCGCGCCGGUCUCGACCACUUGUCCAACGAAAAGGCUGCCCAAGAGAAGAUCGUCAAGCAACUGCAACACCAACUCAACGACGUUCAGUCUAGAGCUGAUGAGGCUAACCGCACCCUCAACGACCUGGACGCCGCCAAGAAGAAGCUGUCCAUCGAGAACUCCGACCUGCUCCGUCAACUGGAGGAGGCUGAGUCGCAGGUGUCACAGCUCUCCAAGAUCAAGGUCUCCCUUACCACCCAACUGGAAGACACCAAGAGGCUCGCUGAUGAGGAAUCCAGGGAACGCGCUACCCUUCUUGGCAAGUUCCGCAACUUGGAGCACGACCUCGACAACAUCCGUGAACAAGUUGAGGAGGAAGCUGAGGGCAAGGCUGACCUGCAACGCCAACUGUCCAAGGCCAACGCUGAGGCUCAACUGUGGCGCUCCAAAUACGAAUCCGAGGGUGUCGCUCGCUCUGAGGAACUCGAGGAAGCCAAACGUAAGCUCCAAGCUCGUCUUGCAGAAGCCGAGGAGACCAUCGAAUCGCUCAACCAGAAGGUUGUUGCCCUUGAAAAGACCAAGCAACGCCUUGCGACUGAAGUUGAAGACCUGCAACUCGAGGUCGACCGUGCCACCGCUAUUGCUAACGCCGCCGAGAAGAAACAGAAGGCCUUCGACAAGAUCAUCGGUGAAUGGAAACUCAAGGUUGACGACCUCGCUGCUGAGCUUGAUGCCAGCCAGAAGGAGUGCCGUAACUAUUCCACUGAACUAUUCCGCCUUAAGGGUGCUUACGAGGAAGGCCAAGAACAGCUCGAGGCCGUCCGCCGUGAGAACAAGAACCUCGCCGACGAAGUCAAGGACUUGCUCGACCAAAUCGGUGAAGGUGGCCGCAACAUUCACGAAAUCGAGAAGGCCAGGAAGCGACUCGAAGCCGAGAAGGACGAACUCCAAGCUGCUCUCGAGGAAGCUGAAGCCGCUCUUGAACAGGAAGAAAACAAGGUUCUCCGUGCUCAACUUGAGCUGUCUCAGGUCAGACAAGAAAUCGACAGGAGGAUACAAGAGAAGGAGGAGGAAUUCGAAAACACACGCAAGAACCACCAACGUGCCCUCGACUCCAUGCAAGCUUCCCUCGAAGCCGAAGCCAAGGGUAAGGCUGAGGCCUUGCGCAUGAAGAAGAAGCUCGAAGCUGACAUCAAUGAGCUCGAAAUCGCUCUUGACCACGCUAACAAGGCUAACGCUGAGGCACAGAAGAACAUCAAACGUUACCAACAACAGAUCAAGGACCUCCAGACCGCCCUCGAAGAAGAACAGCGUGCUCGUGACGAUGCUCGCGAACAGCUGGGUAUCUCAGAACGCCGCGCCAACGCUCUCCAGAACGAACUCGAAGAGUCCCGUACCUUAUUGGAACAGGCCGACCGUGCUCGUCGCCAGGCCGAACAAGAGCUUGGUGAUGCUCACGAACAGCUCAACGAGCUCUCUGCCCAGAGCGCGUCGUUGUCUGCCGCCAAGAGGAAACUUGAGACUGAAUUACAGACCCUGCACUCAGAUCUCGAUGAGCUCCUGAACGAGGCCAAGAACUCCGAGGAGAAGGCGAAGAAGGCCAUGGUCGACGCCGCUAGGUUAGCCGAUGAACUCCGUGCCGAACAAGAACACGCACAGACACAGGAGAAACUCCGCAAGGCCCUCGAACAACAGAUCAAGGAGCUGCAAGUUAGGUUAGACGAGGCCGAGGCCAACGCACUCAAGGGAGGCAAGAAGGCCAUCCAGAAACUGGAACAGAGAGUGAGGGAGCUCGAGAACGAGCUCGACGGAGAACAGAGACGGCACGCGGACGCGCAGAAGAACCUGCGCAAGUCCGAGAGGCGUAUCAAGGAAUUGACCUUCCAAGCCGAGGAGGACCGCAAGAACCACGAACGUAUGCAGGACCUCGUCGACAAACUCCAACAGAAGAUUAAGACCUACAAGAGGCAGAUCGAGGAGGCGGAAGAAAUCGCCGCCCUCAACUUGGCUAAGUUCCGCAAGGCGCAGCAGGAGUUGGAGGAGGCUGAGGAAAGAGCAGACCUGGCCGAACAGGCCAUCAGCAAAUUCCGUGGAAAGGGACGCGCGGGCUCUGCGGCGAGAGGAGUCAGUCCGGCAGCGUCCGUUAAAGGGCGUCCAUAGAUCUUCACUGGAUACAUCCCCCACGUUCGCGCCCCUCGGCCUUCGACGGCCUGGGCACCUUCCCACCAAGGUUCGACCUGGCGCCCGAAAGCGAAUUCUAAACGUUCCACUACAAAAAAACGGACUGUACUGAUCAAGUUUUUAUACAAUAGCAGUGUUAACAGCGAGACAAUGAAGCUGUAAAAAAAUGUAAUGCCCAAAAAAAUAUACACUCUAGUAUUCUUAAUGUUUUUACCAAAGGGAUAUUUUAUAAUUUGUUGAUAUUUAUAUUUAUUUAUUUCCGUGGAGUAUGUAUGUAGCGGGGAGGAGGCUGCGCGCGCAGGGCCGCGGCAUCAGAGACACACCUUCCACCUUAUCACCGGCACUCCCGCGCGCGCUGCCUCCGCCUCACCCACAUCCAAUAAAGCGAUAUCGUUGUCAAUAAAUAUUUCACUGGA